GAUUUCCUCUCAUUUCACCUUGACAUCCCUCUCAGUCAUCAGCAUAAUUAGCCACCAUCAUGCAUUUCCACACUGCUCUCACCAUCCUGGUCUCUAUCGCUAGCAUCAGAUCUGUCUCUGCAGAGGGAAUUAACUGCAAAGGCGCAGCUGGCUGUUCGUUCGCAGGUUCUGGCAUCGCUAAACAACUCCAAAAGUACAUUAACACUGCAAACUCUGAUACUUGGUUCAACAAUGGAGAGCAAAUCGCCUGCAGUAAUGGCAUUUGUGCAUUCUUUCAGGGAACUAAUGGAGGUUCGGGAGGCGAUGCACAGAGAUUAGCUGCUGACAUUGUCAAUCACCGGUGUACUGUCUGUGGAAGCUCCCCUUUCUACUACCCCAACCCAAAUGACGUUAGCACCUUUGGCAUGUUAACAUUCAAUGCUGUUGGGGUUGACUGCGGAAGAUGCUUGUGCAGCGAUCCAAGUUGUUCAGACCCUUAAAUUUCCACUUCAUACACUUCUGCAUGUUACACAUCAUGUUAUAGAUCAUGUUAUCAAACUUCUUGUUGUCCGAGAAGGGCCGCUAAACGGGGCAUGAAACCAUCCUGAAUUGAUUGACUUCUUUGAAG